AUGUACAGUCAACUGGCCCAGAUGGACGAAGGUGGGGAAAACGAGCACACUGCUGCUAUAUGGUAAGUUUUUUUUAUUGUUGUGAUUUAAAAUGUAGUAGUAUAACAAUUAGAUGAAAAAACAUUUUUCAAGUUAUGUAUGCUUGUAGAGUAAAAUAUAUUGAUGUUGUGGUAUUUUUUAGGCAGGUUUUGCUGUAAUAUUGUAGUAUUUUUUAGUUGUUUUUGCUUAUUUUAUAUUUUGCUGCUUAAAAAUUUUGCUUAUUAGCCUAAAUUAUUUUAAAAUUUUAGUUUGCUUAAGCGUAUUGUUACUUAUGAUUUACAUAUACAGUCAAGACCGGGUGCAUCGAGAGAGAAUUAAAAAAUGAAGAGCGGUUAGAGAAAGAGAGAAACGCAGAGAGAGCCCUUCGUUAUCGAGAGCGAUUUUUGGCCUUUUGAGGAAACCCAGUCGAAAGACAAAUAUUGAUUUUAUAUAAGGCGGAGGGAAAACGUUGACAUUCGACUUUAUAAAGUCCAAUUGAGGUUGGUACUUUCUACAGCUCAUAUUAAUGUGGCUGGUAAAUGAAAUUUUGGAAUGCUUGAUCUAUUGGGUCGGCUGAUAAAAUACGAUUUUUUUUUGAAAAAUAGGUUUAAAUUAUGAUUUUGUAAAUUGGCUUAAAUUAGGCAUGAAGAUUACCAUUAAAAACCUUUUUUUAGAAAUUUAUUCUACCUUGACUGUAUAUGUAAAGAUAAUAAUAUGUUUUAGUUGCAUAUUUGCUUCUGUUGCUAUAACUAAAACUUCUGAACUUAAAAACAAAGAGAUGCCUAAAUACUGAAAACCUAAAAAAUUAAAAAUUGAUUAAAAAUUUCAAAACCCAAAAAAUCUGAUCCAGGUCAGACAUAUCACAAGCUAAAAAAAGAUUUGCUAAGCCUGCAAACAUUUGUUUAUGGCCAUACUUAAGAAGAGGAAGUGUCAAGGUUUUUCGGAGAUUAAUGUUAAGCCCGCCGGGGCUAAAAAUUAACUAGAAACUUUCUCUUCUGGCAUUUUUAAUCAGAUCUCACGUGUUUUUAAAAUGCUUUGGAUUUUUCUAAAAGAUUUUUUAAUUUUUGAGGUAUUUGGAGAUUAAUGUAAUGUAAGAUAGGGAAGAGUAGGGUAAGGUAGAGUGGGCUAAGAUAGGGUACGGUAGAGUAAGGUAAGGUGGGUAGGGUAGGGUAGGGUAGGGUAGGGUAGGGUAGGGUAGGGUAGGGUUGAGUAUGGUAGGGUAGGGUAGGGUAGGGUAGGGUAAUGUAGGGUAGGGUAGGGUAACCUAGGGAAAACAUUUUGUCAAAAACGCAAUUUAUGUUUCAGAAAAUGGCAAGCGUUUUUUCGAAAUUUUCAAUUCCGCUUCUCUUGCGAAUUUGGCUACUUUAAAAGCGAGAAAAAAUUAAUUUAAUUUCCAUUUUGGUAAUUUUUAAUUUUAUGGCCACAGGCGUUUGGGAUAAAUUACGUUGUUUGGACGGGGAAUGGAAAUGGCUAAACUUUGGAUAGUAUUUGAGUUCUAAAUUUUUUAUUUUUGUCAUUUUUGUCAUUAUGAAGGCUUUUCUACAAAAAUAAAAAAAGUCCGAGAACUUUUGCAACUAAAAUUAAGAAAAACAAAAAAUGUGCCAUGUUAAAUUGGUUAUUUGGUCCAGUAAAUUUUAUUGGAAAAUGAAAAGGUGCUUGUUUAAAGCUGGAAAGGUCAACCGGCUGUCUUUAAUAUUAAUUAGAGCCUUGCCAAGUGGUUUUUGUUUCAACACAAAAAAUUUUAAAAUAUGAAGCGCGCGUUUUUGAAACUGACCUUUGGGGGCUUUUACGAGAAUGGCGGGCUAGGAAAUUUUUUCAAAAAGUUUAAAAAAGUAUUAGGUGCCGACUAAAGAACCCACCAAAUUUCCCGCAAAAAAUGGCGGGUUCUUUAUGUCGACACCUAAUAAUUUUAUCAUAACUUUUAUCAUUUUACUCAAUUUUUUGUAUAGUUUAUGGCGGAAAUAAAAAGUUUCAAUAUUUAAAAAAAAUUUAAUGUCAUAAAAGAUAAAAAAUUUUGUUUAUUAACAAUCUACCCGUUACAAAUACGUUUAUUCACUUUUCCCAAUUUUAGGCUAGGCCGCGAGCCGAGAAUGAGCGUGGAUUUUGCGGCGGCACGUUGGCGACAACAUCAGAAGAAUGGUGUGGCUAGAAAAGCGGCCAAUCGACAAAGAUGGAGACUUUUAGGCCAAUUGUCAGUUUUAGGUUUGAUUGUUGUGGUGUGA